AUGAUGAUCCCCUGUGGUAGUGGCUGGUCUCAACCAACGACGGCAGACUUGCCCUCUGUGUGGGCACCGACAAGUGGUGGUAGCGGUAAUCAAGACUGGAGGCCGGCACGCGGCCAUUCGAGUGGAAUGGGUGACCAAAGCUGGACACCUUCGUCUAACACGGCUACCUCGUCGGGUGAGUAUGAGGGCUCUGCUCCAGCGGCGACACCGUCUUUGAGAAGCGGGGCAAGUAACGUUGGUGAGGAAGUGGGAUCGUUACAGACACAGCUUUCUGCUACAACUUCAUCUUCGAAUACACCGCCGACAUUAACAUCAGCAAAGCAAGAAGAACUGCCUGCUGCCCAAACUUCCAGUAACACUAGCAGUCGCGUGCACGCCACGUUCGGAACCGUAACGUCCAAGCCCGGCGAAUGCAUUGUCGGCGAUCCCGACACGUAUAUUUCUGCCGAGGAUCUUACGUGGAUCUGGAACAACCGAAUCAAGGACGAGGUCAUGGCUUACAAUAACUGGAUCAUGGACCAUCUUGUGGCUAACAAUGGUACUAUCAACUACUGUGUCCGCUGGGAUAGCAGCACCACCAAGCUCACCAAAGAGAUUGCCCAGAAGCUCCAGCCUAUGUUGACGCGUCAACACGCUGCGUGGAACCGCUGGUUGAUCGGCUACGACUGCUGGCCCUAUGACGAGAUCAAGGUGAACAUUGUGGGAUUUGCUGCGAAGAAAGCCUCGGACUUGGGAUGGUCGGAUAGCUCGAUGGGAAAGCUCUACAUUGGCGACCUGGACAAGGACGGCGCUCCUCAAUGUCCCGAGAACUGCUAUCGAUCGGUGGAUGGAUCGCCCGGAGGAUGGUCGGAGUCCAGUGGAUGCGAUGGCAAGCCAUUUGAUAUCUCGCUAUGGCCCAAACAAGGCCUGGGUGGUGGCUGGGGAACCUACUGGGGUCAGCAGGUGAACCUUGACGAUAUGCUGGAGCAUCUUGACGACGACGAGCUCGAGAUUGUCUCGCACGAAAUGGGUCACGGUUUUGGGCUCCCGGAUUUCUACCAGGAGCCCAAGCCCGAUAACUUUCCACCGACUCUUAUGGAUGCAUUUACAUCCGUGAGUGUGAGAGACACAGACGGCUGGAUGCUGCGUCGCGUCCUGGAGCACAAGAAGUCCAACUACAAUUUUUGAGUUUCCUCUUUAGGAUUUUUACACUAAUCUGAACGGAUGAGUGUUCGAACCUCGCC